AUGGAGCACCCACCGUCGAGCGCGAAUCUGCCGGCUUACAAGAGGCCCGACAACACAUUCAAGCCUCACGAUGUCCUCGAUGACACUGCCAAGGCUGGUGUUGUUGGUGGUCUGAGUGGUCUCUUCCUCUCCUCCAUCAAGAAUGCCAUGGCGAAGAACAAUGUCGGCAUCCUGAGCGUUUUCACCCGCGGUUCUUACAUUAUUGGUCUCGGAGCCGCUGCUCCCGCCGCCUACGUCUUCUUCUCGAGAACCUCGAUGAACCUCCGCGAAAAGGACGACGCCUUCUCAGCUGCCCUUGGUGGCUUUGCUCUGGGUGCAGUGCUCGGUCUUCCCACAAAACGAAUGCCCAUUGUCGUGGGUCUGGGUUCUGGUCUCGCCCUCUUCCAGGGUACAUUCCACUACCUCGGAGGCCGCUAUGACAGCUUCAAGAGGGAGGACGACGAGUUUGAGCGCAAGGAGAUUGUCCGACGAAGUACCCGACUGGCCAUUGAGCAAACCAUUUCAGAGAUUGGCGAGGGCCGAGGCAUCCGACCUCCCGGUUACGCGGAGCGACGGGCGGAGCGACUUAGUGAGAAGUACGGUGUUGAGAUUAACCCCAUCAAGGCGACUGUCGAGGGCAGCCAAUAA